AUGGCUGAAUUAUCAUCAGGAAAACCACCUUUUUACAAUAAAAAACAUGAUUUAAGUUUAACAUUAGCCAUAUGUAAUGGACUCAGACCAGAAUUUGGAAAAGGAACUCCUGAAUUUUAUAAGAAAUUAGCUUAUAAAUGCAUGGAUGCUAAUCCAAAUGAAAGACCAACAACCAAAGAAUUAAGAAAUAUAUUUGAUUUUUGGGAUGUUUCUAUUGGAGGUAGUAGUUAUGGUAAAGUAGAAAAAUUUGGUUAUAAAAGAAAAGAAAUUAAAGCAGCAUUUGAAGAAGUUGAUAAGAAAAUACCAAACAUCUCAACUUCGUAUGAAAAGAAUUCUGAUGCUGUAUAUACUAGUAGAGCGUUUAUAUUUGGCAAUGUAUUACCAAAACCCCAUUAUUACUUCAUAUGUCAAUAAUGAAGUUUGUGGCUCUCAAUUAAUCGACUGGAAGUAUCUAAUUCAAUACAAUUAAGAGGUACUAUAGAUAUUGACGAUGAAAGUAAGGUUGAUGAUUUUGUGAAUUAAAUAUUAUUUAUU